AUGUCCACACAACAAGAAUUACCAAUCUAUAUUCAAUAGACUCCCUAGUCUCCAAGUUAGAUUUCACAAGUUCAAUACCCAAUAUUGAGUAAUACGGUGCCAGCAGAUUAAUAUAUUUAAUUGGAUGAUGGAAAGCAAACAGGAUCUGAGAAGACAGUUGUGAAUGAUGUGAAUUUAGAUCGAUAAGCUUUUUUGGUUGAAUACUACAUAAAGAUUUCCGUUCAACAUUCUAUAAUUCUUGGAUUGUUCCUAUUUGGAUUGAAUGAAUGGUUUAGCUCAAUUGUAGUUCAUCAUGGUUAAUGGUGGAGUUCAUUUAGAUGGACUUGGUAUGUAGUUUUGAGUCUAUUGAUUGCCAUCGUAAUAGGACUUCCACUAUUAAGAAAAUACAGAUUCAUUGUUUAGCUUUAGUCCACAUUAUACCAAAUUCAGACAAUAUUGAUAGCCUUUCUUUUAAUUGGAAUUGCUGGAAACCAAAGAGGAAAUGAAUAUCACAAAGCCGUGAAUGUAUGGACUAUCUUGGUUUUGUUGAUUUUAAUUGGCCACGAUUUACUACAGAUUGUUAUAGUAAAGUUCCAAAAAACUCAUUAUUACACUGUUAUUAUGAAAUUUACAAUCAUUGGAUCAUUGGGUUUGAAUUUUAUUCUAGCUUUGUUAAACACCCAGUUUAACACUGCAUUUAUAAUUUGUGGAAUCAUCAUCUAUGCAUUUUAUUAUUUUAAUUAAUUGAACAAUUAAUUAUUGAAAUAGACUCACGAAUUGCCUGAAGAAUUAUCGAUAUUUGAAAGAAUUAGAAAGCUUUCCUUCACCAGACACAUAUUGAAUUAAGAAGCCAGAUAGAAUCAAGUGAUUGAAGAAUUAUAAGUCACUCAUUUUGUGAUAAACAAGCAUUUAGCAAUUGUAGUUGGAUCAGGUGUUGGAUAUAUCAUAGUAUUGGUGUUAAGCAUUGUGACUGGGAAUGUAUUCUUGAUAUUCACCUUGAUUUUGGGAUCUAUUUCAAUGUUGAGUGUGAUAUUGGAAACUCAAGUUGCUUCAAGAAGUUUGUUACCAGAAGACUCCCAUUAUGCAGUUUGUUUGACAUACCUUGACAUGGCCAGCCCAUUGAGAUUGUUAUUGAGAAGUUUAUUCAAUAAAUGAAAAAAAAUCAAAUAUUUAUACCAAAACUUUUUAUAUAUAUCAUAGUGUU